AUGUCUUUCACUUCCAAACUACCCGCCUCUUGGAAUGAUCAGCCUCCUGCUCGGAAAGUGGAGAUCGACCUGAGUUCGCCUGGGUUGGCAGUGGUGGAGCUGGAAAGACUCUUGUUCACAGGGAAAGCAAUCAUCAGUCAUGCCGACGAAGUCUGGCCGCGGCUUUUCAUCGGAGAUCAACAGAGUGCGGAGAACAAGGCUGACCUCACCAAGCAUAGGAUCAGUCACAUCCUCAACGCAGCCCACAGCAAACACCGGGGAGAGCCCAGUAUCUACCAGAGCAUGAGGAUCACUUACAUGGGCAUUGAGGCCCGUGAUGCUUGUGACUUCGACAUGAGCGUCAACUUCCGGGCGGCAGCUGAUUUCAUACACAUGGCGCUCAGCCGAGGAGGCAAAGUUUUAGUGCACUGUCAUGUCGGAGUGAGCCGAUCCGCCACCUUGGUCCUGGCGUACCUGAUGCUGAGGCAAAGCCUGACGCUUGUGGAGGCCAUUUGUGCUGUAAAGGAGAACAGAGGCGUGAUCCCAAAUCGUGGGUUCCUUCGACAACUCAUCCAGCUGGACAGAGAACUCUUCGGGAAACAUCCUUGA